UAGAAGUCUUCAUGUCUUCACUGAUUAGCUCUGCAGUAAAUAAAAAUAUGACAUGCGCAUUUAUAGAUGGCUAAGAUGUUAUUCUUGGGAAAUCCUUGAAAAGCGAUUUAAGUCGAUUUUGGCAUUGGCUCAAGUUGGUUGUUUGUAAAGGAUGAUGAAUCAGAGCUGGAAGCUGUGGAUUGGAGUUCUGGUGCUGUUCUCUCUGGAUCUCUGUGUAUCUGCAGAUGAACUUGGAUCCUUAAACAAGUCCUGGAGGGACACUGAUGUCCAAGUCAAAAACAACAACAAUCAGGAGCAGCAGAUUUUCAGAAAGUAUUGUGAAUCCUCACAAAUUAAGGGUUGUGAUCGUGGUUAUUAUAGAGAAAGAAGAGGACCGUAUAAAGGACAGUGUUUACCUUGCAACUGCAAUGGUUUGUCUAAUGAAUGUGACCAACAUACAGGAAAAUGUUUGAACUGCCAGUUCAAUACAGCAGGCGACCACUGUGACCGCUGUAUGGAAGGUUACUAUGGCAGUGCCACUUUGAGGACCUGCCAUAUAUGCCCAUGCCCCUUUACAGACCCAUCUAACAGUUUUGCUCUUGGAUGUUUGAAGGUUGGGGAUGAUUUUGAAUGCCUGUGCAAGGCUGGUUACUCUGGAGUUCGAUGUGAAAGGUGUUCGCUUGGAUACUAUGGCAACCCUUUAGCAGAAAGAGGAAACUGUCAACCCUGUGACUGUGACCAUGGUUAUGCAUGUGACCAAUUUACAGGAGAUUGUUAUGAGGCCGAUGAGCCUGACACUGGUGACUGCUUAGAGUGCGAUAUCUGUGCCACUAUAUUACUGGAUGAUCUUGAAGCAGUGGAUAAAGAGUUCCUCACACUGAAAACUCAACUACAGUCAUUAAGUCAGAAUUCUGCUUCACUUACUACACUGAGAAAACUUGAAGAUGCCAUUGCUGGUACAAAGGUUUUGGUCAAAAAGUACACUGAAUCUGUCCACACACUAAAUCCAAAGGUCACAGAGCUUGAAUCAGAUAUUGAAAGUGCCAAAGAUGACCUAACGGUUCUCAGUGACAAGGCAAUUCAGACUUCCUGUACUGCAGUUCAAUUGCUGAAGACUCUGGAGAAAACAUAUCAAAGAGGGGGCAACUUACAUUCUGAAAGUGUAAACUUCUUACAAAAGAUUCAAGAGUUCUUGGAUCAGUUGAAGCAAUCAAACCACACAGGUGGGAACACUGAGGAGGCCACCAGGAUCUUAAAAGAAGCCCGAAGGAUGCUAGUGGAAAUGCGAAGACAGAACUGCAAGACUCAGAGAGGACUGGCAAAGGAAGAGCUAAGAAAAGCACAAACACUUUUCAACCUCAUCAUGAACAACCUAAUGGUUCCUCUGAAUCACACCUCGGUUGCCGCUAAUCGUAUCGGACAGAAACUAAUGGAACAGGCUGCUGAUCUUAGAGAUAUACAAGAGGCUCUUAUAGAUGCAGAGCUUGACGUGAACAAGGCAAAUGACGUUAAUAAAAAAAACGAGAAACAACUGGAAGAUAUUUUGAGACAUUUAAAGGUAUUGGAGAAAGAGCAAGGAAAUAUAAUGGCUGAUGUGAACAUGACUAGAAGGACAUUGAAAGAUACAUCGGAUCAUCAGAAAAUGAUGGAGGACUUAACAAAGGAAAUGAAUCAGCUUGCUGCUCAGAUUGAUGGAGCAAAAAACUAUCUAAAUGCAAAACUCGACCUGCUUUCGAAGGCCACCGCUAAGGAGCGAAUUGUCAGAAGAGCUGAAGAGCACGCCCAGGAACUUAUGAAUCUAGCUAUGGACUUUCAAAUAGCCAUCCUGAACAUUACCAACUCAUCCGCUGUUCAGAAAGCCAUUGAAGCCAUCAGAGCAUUUACGGAUGUCACCGAUGCAAUCAGAGAAGCGGAAGCUGCAGCCAACUGGGCCAAAAAGGUGGCAGACCAGGUUCUUGAGGAUGUGCAAGGCCAAGAUCUGCAAAACAAAGCCAAGCAUCUUAAAGAGCAUGCAAAUAAACUACUGAUUAAAGCCAAGAAGGCAGAGAAAAACCUACAAGAUGUCACCCAGAAAAGUGAAGCUUACAGAAACCUGAUCCAACAGGCAGAAGACAAACAGAGCCAGCUGAGGCAAGCCAUGCAAGACGUGGUGAGGAAACUGAACAACAAUAAAAGGGAUGAUAUUGGCAUCCUAAUCGACCAAACCAAGGAAGAUGCUUUCAAUAUUAACACCACAGCCAGUGAUGUGAUGGCCAGAAUACAAAACAUCAGUGAAGAACUGAACAAUACCAGAAUUCCAUCUCACGAAUCAAACCUGAACAACAUCAUUGAUGAUGUCAACAAAACAUUAGCAGAAUUGGAUCAGUCGUUCCCUUCACUGAUUAAUAAACUUCAAGACAUGGAGAACCAAAGUGAGCACCUGCCUAGUCCAGCCAACAUGUCCAGCAGUAUCAGAAGAAUCAAAGACUUGAUCGAAAGUGCAAGAGACAUGGCCAACAGAAUUAGAGGGCCUAUCUUCUUUUCUGGUGAUGCUCACAUUGAACUUCGGCCUCCUAAAGACCUGGAAGACUUUCGAGCCUUCACUGCCAUUAAUCUUACGUUGCACCGACCAGAAGUUCCAACUCGAGGUGAUGGAAGACGUAGGCGCCAAGAAAAUGAAGGCGAAAACCUGUUUGUCCUGUACCUUGGAAAUAAGCAUACAGUCACGGAUUACAUUGGCAUGGUUGUGAGGAAUGGAGUGCUGUUUUGUGUCUACAAACUGGGUGGCAUCCUUUAUGAAAUAGAGACCAGUGAGAUCACCAAGUCCAAGAAUGACAAAGCUUUCAUGGAUAGAGUGGAUUUCCGCAGAGUUUAUCAAGAUGCAGUGGUUUUUUUCACAAAGGUUUUCACUUCAACUGAACCCAAAGCUCUAAACACCAUACCUAGUCUGCCUCAAACCACGGUUGGAUUACUUGAUCUGGAUUCCAACGAAGUUGCUUUAUUUGUGGGUGGAUACCCAAGCGAUUUUACGCCACCAGAAGAGCUUCGGUACCCUGGAUACAAGGGCUGUAUUGAGUUUUCUACACUAAAUGAUCAUAUCCUUGGCUUGUUCAACUUUCAACAUGCCGUUAACAUCAACAAAAAUGACAUAUGUCUAAGGGGCAAAGUCCGCACCUCAGGGUAUUAUUUUGAUGGCACAGGUUACGUGAAGGUCGAAGUAUUAAGAAAAAACUCAAUUAUUAAGUUCUUCGUUCAGAGUCAUCAAAUGGAGGCGGUACUUUUUUACAUGGGAAAUGAGACGUCCUACUACUUUGUUGAAAUGGAGGGAGGCUAUAUUGUUUUGCAGGGGGCAACAAAUGACAAAAUAAUUUUUGAAAAGACCAAAGAAAAAGUCUUUUUUACCAACUUCAUCCAGAUCAGAAUAACUCUGAAUAAUGAAGACAUAAAAGUACAGGCCACAGACUCCGGGGUCAACAUUUAUCUUGGAUAUGUCAAAGGGUUCUUUGAAGAGGCCUACAUCGGGGGUGUUCCGGGUGAAGUCAGAGAAAAAUAUAAUAUUAUUCUUCCAUCAUUGAGAGGAUGUGUAAACACUGUCCAGGUAGAUAUCACUGCAGUUUUUACAGAGGAAGUUGGAAUUGUCCCAGGUUGUCCAAAUCCCUUACUGGGAGUGCGACAAGCUACUUUUAAACGUGAGAGUUUUCUGUCUGUGCCACCUAGUGGUGAGGAUACUGAGAAGGGAACGAUGGCUUCACUUGGAUUCAAGUCAUUCUCUCACACAGGUGUCUUAUUACAAACCGGUGGAACGAAAAAUGAAUUUGAGUUGUAUUUGUCUGAUGGCUUUGUCCAUAUGAGAGACACUAACAAUAAUUUAAGAUCCAAAAACAAAUAUGAAAUUGGAAAAUGGCACUAUGUGACUGCCUUCAAAAACAGCUCAGGGAUGCAGCUAAAUGUCGAUAACACAAACUUGGGAGAUCCACAGUUACCAUCCAUACCCAAAGGCAUGGAAAAUGAAAUUGUUUUAGGGAACUAUUUUGAUGGCUGUUUGAGGAACUUUUACAUAAGGAGUCUACAGAAACACUACAUUCCUGAAGACUUGAGCAGCUUCAGUCAGACUGGAAACGUAUCUUUGGGAUUCUGCAAAGAAGAGAGCCCUCCUCAGAAAACCGCUAAGAAGCGUGCAAGACAUGCCGGAAUUACUUCUGACUCAAAAUCGGGAAAUUCUAAACAAGGAUCCAGAUAUCCAAAAUUCCUGAAACACACCCACCACCUUGGUUCCAACAGCCAGUUGCAGUUUUCAAUAGAUUCAGAGGAACUCAAUAACAGGCCCCAUUUCUCCCUGGAUGUCCAGACCAAAUCAUCUAAUGGACUUCUACUCCAUAUCAUAAGAAAACAGGGUGUCCCUCUUGUGGUCUUGUACCUUGCUGAUGGAAAAGUCACACUCAGUGUUGGGUCAGACAAAAUUACCUCCUCUCAGAGGAUCAAUAACGGCAAUUGGCACAAUAUCAAGUUCAUUGUGAAGAAACGCGUCUUUCUCUUAGCUGUGGAUGACGUUCGAAUACCUGAUGGACGACUCUCGAAAGGGUUUGCCCAUGGUCUUCGAUCUCCUGUUUAUGUGGGAUAUGGACAACUUCACAUGGCUAAUAAAACUCAAGGAAAAGCCCCCUUUCAGAAGAGCAUCAUUGGAUGCAUUCGUGACCUGAAGUUUUCCAAUGUUCUCCUUACGGAACCAGCUGUCAACCAUGGUGCCACACCUUGUUUUAAAGGGAUGAGUGAGAAGGGGGCAUAUUUUGCUGGAGAUGGUGCACAAGUGGUCUUAGAAAACUACCUUAUCUCCGGUUCAACCUUCAACCUGGCUUUUGAGUUUCGUCCCAGGAACCUGACUGGCCUUCUCUUCCAUAAAAGAAACCACCACGGACAAACCCUCACUGUGUUUCUCAAGAGUGGAAAGGUGGUGGUAAAUGUGUACGAUGGACGACGUCACUACGGAACUGCAGUGACGCCAAUUCGACCUCUCUGUGCUGCAUUUAACUAUGUAGCAGUGUCCACACGGCGAAAAACUAUCGAGCUGAGAGUGAACGAGGCAACAUCGCGAGUCAAAGGACCAACUGUACCCAACCCUUCGGCUCAUGAAACUAUCUACAUUGGUGGCAUUUCUGAGAAGCUGUUCAAAGAAGUCGAAGUAUGGACGUCUUACGCGGGCUGCCUGCGGAACUUGCAUCUCAAUAAGACUCCUAUCUCAUUGGAGCAUGCGACUAGUGUGUUCGGCCCCAUAAACACCACCAAAUGCCCAGUGGAAAACAGGAAUAUUUCAGAAUAUCUUGAAGAAAAAUGUCAUAGAUAUAAUUCAAAGAUAUGACUAAAAGAGAUUAUGUCUUGUUAACUUAAAAAAGUGUUUUUGAAAACACAUUCACAUUUUUUUUUCUGUUAAAAUUUAGCCCUUACAACAAAGUACUGCAGUGGUACUUUGGUAAAGUGAAAGUAUCAGAUGGUAAUACCAUGGUACUUUUAUACUGUGCUACUAAAGUAGGUCCUAAUUAUUACCAUAUUUAUGUACCCUGAUCUAAAAAACAUGUUAUUACCAUGGUACUACAGUAUGUGUAAAAAAAGCAUAGUACCAUGGUACUUUUUGAUUAGUGUGAUUAUAAAAUAAUUUUAAGUCUCUUUCUUGAAAAUAAUGACUUGCAUGUUUCAUCAACUAUGAAAAUUGUUACAGUCACAUUCAUAAAGUUUAAUAACUUAAAUACGCAUGGAAAAAUUUAUGAAAGCAAAGUACAUAUUAUAUUUUAAUAGAAAAUGCUUGCUGUUUAAUUAAAUUGUGCUUAACAAAAUGUUUAACAUCUGGUACAUUUGUCUUUUCUGGUAUAUCUGUGCUGUUAAAUGCACCACACCAAGAAGUUCAAGGCAUAUAGACUCAGACUGUCUGCCUGCACAUUCAUCAUUUAUUUAUGGCCUGUGCAUUAAUGUGUGAUUAAUAUGUUCCUCCACUGAGCAUACAGAAAGCUUUUCUCUUCUAUCUCUUUCUCAUGUUAUACAAGUGAGUGUGGUGAAUAUGAUUUUGUGCUCUGUCAGAUAUACACAACCAAUCAGAAUCCUCCACGAGUUCACUGUUUCAUAUGGUCCUGGUGCACAUUAAGGUAAAUGUAUUUGGCGUGCUGUCCACAACAGAGGGACUCGAGCACAUGGCUUGAGCUCUGAAUGGGAGCAUGGCCGUUUCUGGCUAUAAGCGGUAUUAGCAGCCGCUUAGGGCCCCUGAGCCACCAGGGGGCACCGCAAAGCAAGGUCCUUUUUUUAUUAUUACUAUUUUUAAAAAAUUACAUUGUUAUUUAUAGUAAUUGUUAAUUUGUAUAGUUAUUUAUAGGUAAUUUAUUGAUUUUUUUUAUUUAUUGUUACAUAAUUUAGCAUUUUGUUUUAUUAAUAUAUUCCAAUUUUAUGUUAAUAUAAAUGCCAUAGUGAAAAUAUCAUAAUGAAAUUUAUUUUUGCAUUGUGAUAAUUAGAAUUUUUGCUGCUUGUUCAGUUUACUUAAUUAAAAUGAACUAAAGCAACACAAUUCUAGAACCUUUUAUAAAUACUUGAUUUUGUUGCAUUCUAUCCGUUUAAAUGUGUAAAACUGAAGUUUACUUAAUCCAUUUAAGUUGGGACUACAUGAAUGUUUUUUGUGGUGUUCAGAUUUGUUAAUAUUUAAUGUUCUGUUAUAUUGGAAUUGAAAAAGAGAGUCUGUUUUGCUGUAGUUUUGGGGGUUACCAUAUACAAAUUAAUUACAUAAAACCUUAGCAAAUUGUGUUUG